GAAAUUCACAUUUCAACCUCACAUUUUCUCAUCAUCGUGAGAAAGAAAACCAAGUGGACAUUUCCGAUUUCGGGUUUUUCACGCGGUUUAUUUUACACCGAUUUCUUAUGCAGGUGUAGAUUAUAGUGUUGCUCAGCAUUUCAACCUCUCUUCCUCCUUACCAGAGAGCAAACAGAGAACUAGCUACACAACAAUACACCGAAAAUGGAUACAGCUUCGGAUGGGGCUUUUCAACCAAAAGAAGAACUCUUAACUAUUCUUACUUCCCUUGGGUUUUCUCGCAAUGCUUCCAUCAAGGCGCUGUAUUACACAGGAAAUAGCAAUGCUGACCUAGCUGCAGCCUGGGUCAUAGAAAACCAGCACAGGAGCAAUAUUGAUGCCCCUCUGAAUGAGGAUGAGUCUGAUGUCAGUGAUGAAGCGGAGUACUUACCAGAAGGAGUAGACUUCUAUAAAAUGGUGUUUAUAGUCAAUGCUGAGCUCAACAUGGGGGUGGGUAAAACUGCUGCUCAGGUGGCUCAUGCUGCCUUGGGUUUACACCGCACUCUGCUGGACGACCCCCAGAAGUUUGGACAGAUGCUCAUGAGCUGGGAACAGUUUGGAGAAACCAAGAUAGUAACUAAGGGAGAUAAUGUAGCACAGCUAAUGACCCUGGCUGAAAAAGCCUCCAGUUUAGGACUACCGCAUUACAUUGUUCACGACGCAGGAAAAACGCAGAUUGCUGCAGGAUCUACAACUGUGUUAGCUAUUAUGGGUAAAUUAGAUGUGGUGGAUUCCAUAACAGGGUCACUUUCACUUCUAUAACCAAAUGAGAGAGACAUAGUGGAGCUAUUUCUGGUUACUUUGGAUGCAGGGAAUCUCAGAGGUUGAAGAUUGCACAUGGCCUACACCUACAUGUCUGCUUUAAAAUAAAACUUUUUAAAAAUAUUUUUCAGGGGCUUGGGGAAAAGUAAUCUUUUUUGCAUUAAUUUUAUUAAUGUUAUUAUCUUUCCUUUUUACCCUAUUGUUAACCUUAUUUGUAUGAUGUCCAAUUUCCAAGAAUUGGCAGUUUUGGUUUUAUUUUAUUGGUGAUUUUAAAUAACCAUCUAAAAAUAAAUUGCCACAAUUUACUUCCAGCCAGUAGUUCCAAUAGUGCACAUUCACAGCACUUAAUUACAGCCUAGUGAACAUUGUGAUUCUCAAAUUGCUUGAUGUGCUACCCUAUUAUAUUGGAGGUGAUUAAACGUUGCCAUAUUAAUAAGAAUAUUACUGUAAUUUUUGCUCUGAGCAGCUUUUUUAUGUCCUUAAGAUCAAAGAUCAAGUGGCAUUUUGUUAUUUAGUCUGUAAACUUGUACAUGUUUGUCUAUUCACUUUAUUUAAUUAUGAGUCCUGUAAAUUUAUACCCAGCCACAUCUUUUUGAAUUAUAAAAGUAUUUGGUCAGAUAAAAAGGUCUUGAUCAUAGGUAACUGUCAGUGAAGGGUACAAGUCACAUACAGAGGUCAAAGGUACAAUUUGCCUCCUUUGGACUUUGUUAUUUUUGGGCACAUGAUGUUUCAAAAAAAAGACAUUUUGAAUUGAUAUAUUUUCUGAUAUUGUAAUACAUGUACCAUAGGAACAAAUUGUAUACAGAGUUAUUCAUCUUCCACCAAUGAAUAAGUUUUCUACAUGCAUUGUAAACUGCAAUGCAAAUGUUGAUAUGAGAUAAAUGUAAUAUGUAAUUGAAUAUUUUUGUGUUAAUUAAAAAAUUGAGGUGUAGGAUGUGUAGAUAAAUAAGUUUUUCCCCUUUGUUAAUUAUUAUUUGAUGUACAUGUAGGUAAAUUUAGCAUUGACCUAUGCUACACAAACAUAAACCUUUAGCGCAGUAAAACUGGCGAUUAGACGUGCAUGAUUAUGAUAAAUAUAUGAUUUUUUAUAAAAUGCUGAGGGAUUGAAAUUUUGAGUAUAUUGAUAUUAGGGCCUGGUAUUAUGAAGUAUUAUUUUAAUUUGCAUUGACAAAGCAACUUUAAUUUAUUCUUAAUGUUGAUAGUAUGACUUUAAGUCUACAAUGCUUAAUGUAUUAAUCACUGCUUAUAAGUUUGUUGCCAUUGUUAAUUGACAGUACUGAUCAUUCUGUAUCUGAUGAUUUAUUUUUAAGAUAUAUUUAAGCUGUCUUUAUAUGCAAAUAAAAAAUGUCAUAUAAACAAAAAAAAA